UUUGCAGUCUGACGGUAUGAGCACACGUAGUAGGUAGCGCUGUAGUCGUGGCAGGGCGAGAGUAGUGGAUCGCAAGUUAUCGAGGAAAGUUUUGACUAAGUAUAUUUAAUCUAGUGCGCAUUUGUGCCGUGUAAUUUGAUUGUUUUGUAGCUGGAUUAACAUGACAGCUAUAUUUGUGUAGAGUAAGAAACGUGUUAAUGUUACUUUGAAGCAAGUUUAUUACAAGUACUUGUGCUAUUGAAUAUUAUUUCGCAACUUGCCGUGUGAUGUUAGUCACUUGUUUGACCUUGGCGUAAGGUACCGACUUGUGCACUGCGAGGAAAGGUGUGUUUCGUGUGUAGAUUUUUCAGUACUAUUACCUAAAUGACUCCAUUAUUGCUAACAUCUUACUAAAAAGUAUUUAAAUCGAUAUUAUAUGUAAGACUGUUGCAAUGGAAGUGCAGUGAUUUGUUGUAAGACAUAGUUUACCGUGUUUCAGCAACGGUGUUCAUUAUGGGAGGUGUUUUUGAUGGACGUAUUUGCAGAUUUUUUGUCUGGACAGCAUUUCUCACUUUCCUGCUUGUAAGUGCUGAUGACAUCCAACAGCAAGAUGGGUAUCAUCAUACGAGACGACCUCACACUGGCGCGAGAUUGCGACAUCUGAGACAUCUCGUAGAUAAAUCUGGAAGCUAUGGAACUUUCGGGGGGUAUGAAGUGGACGCAUCUGAGCCACAUCCGAGGACGACUAUACUUACGAACACAGAGAAACGGUUGACUGUGCAGGACAAUCACAAGCCCGUGUUUACCAAUUGCUCUCAGUAUGCCCCGACGGUGAAGGAGGAAGAGCCAUCGGGCACGUAUGUGUUCACCGUUAAGGCUGUCGAUAAGGACCCACCAGAAGCUGGAGGUAGCAUCACCUACACAUUUGUGUCGGCCCCCGGAGAAAGACUGAAGUUUUCUAUUGAUCAGGAAACAGGAGUAAUCAAGACUAGACACAUGUUUGAUCGUGAUGAACCAAGUCGUGAGAAGGAAGUCUACCUCACAGUACGCGCCACAGAUAACGGACGUCCUCAGCUAGAUGACGCGUGUACAAUAAAAGUUAUCAUCGAAGAUAUUAAUGAUAACUCGCCCGUGUUUGACAAAGUGAUCUACCGGGAGUCCGUACCGCAGGAUCUGCAGCUCGACAGAGAGGUGAUGCGUAUCUCGGCAACAGACAUCGAUGACGGAAACAACAGCAUCGUCUUAUAUAAGCUCGAACCAAAACAAGAGACAGACCAAGGAUUCCUUCGUAUCGACUCGAACACCGGCGUGAUCUUUCUCAAUCAGACGAUAACCCGAAUGCCUGGUUACGUAUUUCGGAUGCGCGCUACGGCAACAGAUCAGGGCGCCGAACACAAUGUAGGGGACAUCGAUCUGGAGAUUUUGGUUGUCGACUCACAAAAGAAAGCUCCCAGUUUUACGCAGGGCGGCGGAAUGACCGUGCAGCUGAAGGAGAAUUAUAAUGACUUCUCAGUGCCAAUUGCUACGCUCACUGCCGAGUCCAACAUCCCAGAUGAGAGUGACCUGCAGUUUGAGUUGGUGCCCGGAAGGACAGAGCAGACAAACUUGCAGAAAACAUUUAUUUUGGAAACAUCAGGUCCCAAGGCAAUGGUGAAGUUGGGUCGGCUGCUCGACUACGAGAGCAUAUCCGAAUACACGCUCACAAUUCGUGUGCAGAAUAAAUAUAGUCUUGCGGCUACGACCACAAUCUACAUUCAGGUUGAAGACGUCAACGAUAACAUUCCCGCGUUUACGGAGGUCGUCAGGGGCAGCGUCUUGGAAAACGAGCCGCCGGGAACACCGGUGAUGCAAAUUCGAGCCAUCGAUGCCGACGGCACCGAAGCAAACAAUCAGGUAACAUACGCACUGGCAGACCACACUGAUCUGUUCCAUAUUGAUCCCAAGACUGGAAACAUUACAACUUUGAAAACUUUCGACCGCGAAGAAAAGGAUUUUUAUAAUGUGAAAUUGUAUGCGACCGACAAUUCUCCGUCGUCUUUGUAUACGGACGGAAGCCACAAUACCGGUCAACAGGUGUUUCGUAUCGAAAUAGCCGACAAGAAUGAUAACCCGCCGCGCUUCACGCAGGAAGUGUACGUUGCGGAGGCAAUUCCAGAAGAUGCCAACAUAAAUUAUAUCGUCACAGAAGUAAAAGCUCAGGAUAAUGAUACAGCUUCUACUGUGAGGUACAGUAUUGUGGGCGGGAAUACGUAUGAUGCCUUCCUCAUUGAAGAUUUGACUGGCAAAAUUCGUGUCAACUCUAAGCUGGAUUAUGAAAACAUAACUAGCUACACGCUUCUCGUGAAGGCCGAUGAUGGUAUUGUGCACGACAUGGCGAAAGUAGAGAUCAAAAUUGAGAAUGUGAAUGACAACCCGCCAGUGUUCCUCCCGUACAACAAGAAUAUCACCAUUCAGGAGGAAGAAAUAGUUCCUGGCUGCAUUGUCACGUUGCAAGCUUAUGAUCCUGACAUUCAGGUCCGGACUGCCGAGCAGCACAUUGAAUAUUUUGUGGUAAAAGAGGACCAGCAGAUGCUGCUGCACAUAGCAAAAAAUGGCUGUCUCUCACAAAUUAAGCCCCUGGAUCGAGAUCUGCCAAACGGCUUCUCCAAGUGGCAGGUCCUCAUCGCCGCUAACGAUGAAGAUGGUGGUCCAACAUCGCUGCGGAAUAAUACUGAAGUGAUCAUCACGCUCACGGAUAUUAAUGACAAUGCGCCGUUCCUGGAUAUGGUCCAGCCAGUAAAAUGGGAUGAAAACCAGAUGCCCGGGAUAAUAACGCAACUGAACGCCAGAGACUACGACAGUGAACAGAAUGGUCCACCUUUCAUCUUCACAAUUGCUGAUUCGGCUCCGCCUGAUAUCAUUGAAAAAUUUGCAAUUUCAGGAGAUCAUGACCUUGAAGCGCGGGUGACAUUUGACAGAGAGCAUCAGAAGAAGUACAUGAUCCCAAUUGCAAUAUCAGAUAGUGGCUCUCCAACGAUGACUGGUACAAGUACCCUGAUCGUUGAGAUCGGAGAUGUGAACGAUAAUGCAAUGAAAGAGGGCCACAGCUCCAUUUUCAUGUACAAUUACAAAGGAGAAGCGCCCAACACUGAAAUAGGACGGGUUUAUGUCGAGGACCCCGACGAUUGGGAUCUCGGAGAUAAACAUUUCAUGUGGAAGGAUGGAAUACAGCAUCAAAACUUUGACUUGGAUCGUAACACCGGCAUGAUCACGAUGCUUCAAGGCACAUCCAACAAUUCUUUCUUAUUGAAGUUCACCGUGACCGAGGAGGCGCCGUUGAUUCCACGGCAUUCUGUUGACGCAACCGUUAACGUGACCGUGAAGGAAAUCCCCGAAGAGGCGGUGGACAAGUCGGGUUCCGUGCGAAUGGUUGGGGUAACAGCUGAAGAGUUUAUUAAGCCGCAGACUUCCGGCGGUCCAAGCAAACACGAGCUCUUCCACUCUCGUCUGGCUCGUAUACUGAAUGUCAGUCUGGAGAAUGUGGACGUCUUCACUGUGUUACAUUCUCCACACAAUUCCAAUGCGUCGCUUCUUGACGUGAGAUUCUCUGUUCACGGCUCACCGUACAGACGCCCAGAGAAACUAAAUGCGGCGGUCGGUCUCAAUAAGGCUUUGAUUGAGCAAGAACUGGGCGUGACGCUGUUAAUGAUCAACAUUGACGAGUGUCUGAUAGAAAAGGCGUCGUGCGAAACGUCUUGCACGAACUUCCUUACCAAGAGCAAUGUGCCGUCUGCCGUGUACACCAACACCACUUCUUUCGUGGGUGUCCGUGCUGUUGUGGAUCCGAUGUGCACGUGUAGUGUGCCCGAACCGCUGGUGUGCCUGAAUGGUGGUACUCCAAUUGGAACAAUGUGUGAAUGCAUGGAAGGAUAUGAAGGUCCGCAUUGUGAGAUCAUUGGCGUCGGUUUUUACGGCAGUGGGUGGGCGUUGUACCCGACAAUUGCCGCGUGCGACGAGGCUCGUUUGACUCUCGAACUGGCCCCGCACAGGGAAGACGGACUGGUGUUCUAUGUCGGCCCAAUGGUUCCUAAUCCAUCGCUGGAUGUACGAGACUUCAUGUCGUUGGAGAUAGAGAGAGGUUACGCACGACUCUUGGUGGAUUAUGGAACUGGCACAGUCAUGGUUGAGCAGCGGCAGAUCAGAUUGACUGAUGGAAAAUCACACAGAGUCGACAUAUUAUGGAGCAAGACGAGUAUCGAGCUAAAGGUCGACAAUUGUCAGAUGAGUUCUUGCCUCUCGCUUACAACACCUCAGGGACCCAAUGAAUUCCUCAAUGUUAACGGACCUUUACAACUGGGUGGAACUAUUGUGAAUUUGAACGAUGUCGCUAACGGCAUGAACUGGACGCACAGGCCCACGAGUCUGAACUUUGCUGGCUGUAUACGUAACCUCACAGUAAAUGACAAGACGUACAACUUGGGGGAACCAAGUGACAGCAAGGACGUGGAUCCGGGCUGCAGCAGAGGUGUGGCACGAGCCGUGUCGUUCGGUAUCAACACGAAUUUCCUUGUGGCCAUUUUAGUCUGCAUUGCCAUCUUGUUAAUCUUGUUAUUGGCCGUGGUUGUCCACCGUCGUAAGACAGAUGACCUUUACAAAGACACAGAUGACAUCCGCGAGAACAUCAUAAACUAUGAGGACGAAGGUGGCGGCGAGGGAGACAUGACAGGUUAUGACCUUAACGUGUUGCGUCUCCUGUAUGACGACGGCGGUCAGCCAAUGCUGGGGAAGGAGCCAUUGAAGGCGCCACUUGUAGGACGAGGAGCGCCAGAUGAAGUACCUGAUAUCUGCGGAUUCCUUGACGGCAAGAAAAAAGUGUGCGACAAUGAUCCAGAAACAAAUCCAUUUGAUGAUGUCCGCCAUUACGCGUAUGAAGGUGAUGGAAAUACUACAGGUUCACUGUCCUCAUUGGCGUCUGGUACUGAUGAAGGUGAUUUGAACUUCGACUACCUUUCAAAUUUUGGGCCACGAUUCCGCAAGUUAGCAGAUAUGUAUGGCGAAGAUCCGAGCGAUGAAGACGACGAGAAUUUUAACACACCGGCCUCAGAAUCGUGGUGCUGAGCCUUCACCAGUCUGGCCAACCAACACCACAAAUACAGUAACAAUUGACCUGGGAUUUAUCCUAUGAGAAUAGACGUGUUGGAAUUCAGGACAAGCCAUUGUGUUUCUUAAUAUUUGUGCUAAAGGACGCUGAAGUAAUUCCACUUCACAUUAACAGGUACACAUUGGUUAAAAAAAAUGGCUAUCCAGGUGUUCAGUAUAGAAGCAACUCCUCUAAUUGUGUUACAUAACAUUGUCAUAUAUCUUAUGCUCUUUGGCAAGUUAUGAUCGAGCGUUGGGACAGAUUGCUAUAAUGCACUUACCGUGGGACUGUGAGUGUAGUUCUUUUAUUUUAAUCAUGUACGUCCUGCGACCGAUUCACGCGCGUGUAGAGUGCCAAAUAAUUUUCGCACGCAGCAAUCCAGCACCGUGCCACCAUCGCAGCCAGCCACCUUAAGAGAAGUGAACAGAAAAAUUCUCGCACGAGGAUAUUUUUACGCAGUGUACGUGAAGUCCGUCGCGUCAGAUAGGCCAAAUGUGUUUAAACAUGAGACUAAUUUUCUUCAGCGCUUGUACCGAAGUGCUAGGAAUGAUUUUUGUAUCGAAAUAAAAUCUUGGCUCAAAUGUAAGGAGUCCAGGUUUCAAAAUGUCGGACAUUCCAAUAGCAGAAACAUCUUUUUUAUAAAGUAAAAAGUACUUAAGAUAGUAUUUAGUGUUAGAGUCGUCAAGAAACAAGCCUUUUGAAUUAAAGUGAAAGAAUGUUCUUUAGCGUACCAAAGAGAUGUAAUGUCGCGUAGUAUUCGAAGGAAUACGGACGUAGCGAAUGAAUGAGAGCAAAGUGGUCUCAAUAUUUGCCAGCUGCUGUACUUGUCCUGCCAUUUGAACGAGUCGUGCUUAUUUAAACAUGUGCGUCGUUUCAAAUCGCCGAUGAAAAUCAGCUCGGCUAUCGUCUUUUUUCCUGCAUAGGAUGGGAUGCGAGUAUAAGUGAAGUCUAUCAUUUCGUUUUGAUCCUUGGUAAUGCGUAGUUCCUUCGGCCGUGAUGUAAAGGAUCAUGAAGUUUUGUUCUCGUUUAAUUGGCGAUCCAUCGUGUAGAUGCGUCUCGCAGAUACCAGAACAUUUUCAUUUGUAUAUUGAAAUCAUAAACGUAAGCAGACUUAUAUGAAGUGAUCAUUUUAGAAUCUAAUUGAAUUAAGUGAAUCAAUAAAAUCAAGAAUUUCUUUCGUGAAGAUGAGGAAAUAAUGCCGUGUGCCUUUCCACUAGUUACGAAGCAGGCUAGUCAGGCAAAAUGGAGAACAUAAUUUUUUUUUUUCAAGUGAUUUGUUUCCAGAAUAUUUGUACAUGUCUACGGAUUUGAAAAGAAUGAACGAGGUCUUUUUCUUGUAUGUUUGCGUGUGUGUGUGUGUAAAAUUGGUGCUGUGAAUUUAUUGAUUUUAAAAUCUGUUUUAUCGUGUGGAGUAACUCGGCAUCUCUUGUGGAAUACUGUGACAUUUGUUUUGUGGCGAUAAUUGAAGGAAGGGGUUAAAAACAUGAAGUUCCGAUCACUGAAAAAUGGAACUUUUUUUUUUUUUUGUACGCACAUCGAUUUUGAGUGCAUCGGUCGGUCAGAGCGGAGCGAGCGGUUACCUUGUUUGUGCCUGCUUUGGCGAUGGAUACAGUCAAGUUGAAUAAGCCCAUAAAAAGUGAUGCGGCACCUUAAUUACUGAUGCGCGUGUUAACAAGCCACUUCUUCUUCGAACGUAAUUAAUCAAGAAGUUAUUUUCAGUUGCUUGCAGAUGUACGUACUUAAAAAUAAUGGCAGCAAACUAAUUUAUUGUGAUUACUUUUAGUUUCAUCUGUACUUUUAUAGAAAAUAACAAUUAAU